AUGGGCAGCGGAGUCAGCUCUGAGUCUAAAGAAUCAGCCAAAAGGUCGAGGGAACUUGAAAAAAAGCUCCAGGAAGAUGCUGUGAGAGAUGCCAGAACAGUCAAGUUGCUCUUACUAGGUGCUGGAGAAUCAGGCAAAAGCACAAUUGUGAAACAAAUGAAGAUCAUCCACAAAGAUGGCUACACAGACCAGGAGUGCCGGGAGUAUAGAUCUGUGGUUUACAGCAACACUCUGCAGUCUAUUUUGGCAAUUGUGAAGGCGAUGUCCACCCUUGGUAUUGAGUACGGAGACACACAAAGGAAAGAAGAUGAAAGGCAGCUUUUUGCGCUGGCAGAUUCCAUGGAAGACGGCACCAUGUCUCCAGACCUGGCUGGAAUAAUCAAACGGCUGUGGAAAGAUCCAGGGAUCCAGGCCUGUUUUCAAAGGGCAUCUGAAUACCAGCUCAAUGACUCGGCUGCCUAUUAUCUCAACGAUCUGGACAGACUAACCACUCCUGGCUACGUACCGAAUGAGCAGGACGUCCUUCGAUCACGAGUCAAGACGACGGGGAUUAUCGAGACUCAGUUUUCUUUCAAGGAUUUACACUUUCGGAUGUUUGAUGUGGGAGGGCAAAGGUCUGAGAGGAAAAAGUGGAUUCACUGCUUUGAAGGAGUGACUUGCAUCAUCUUCUGCGCUGCCCUCAGUGCCUAUGAUAUGGUCCUUGUGGAAGAUGAAGAAGUGAACAGAAUGCAUGAAAGCCUCCACUUGUUCAACAGCAUCUGCAAUCACAAGUACUUUGAAACCACUUCUAUCGUGCUGUUUCUAAACAAGAAAGAUCUCUUCCUCGAGAAGAUAACUAAAGUGCACCUCCGUGUCUGCUUUCCAGAAUAUAAUGGAUCAAACACCUUUGAAGAUGCAGGAAAUUAUAUCAAGAACAAGUUCUUAAAUCUGAACAUAAGAAAAGACGAUAAGGAGGUAUAUGCCCACAUGACCUGCGCUACAGACACCCAGAAUGUUAAGUUUGUCUUUGAUGCUGUGACAGACAUCAUCAUCAAAGAGAACCUGAAGGAUUGUGGUCUCUUCUAG